GUUUUGUCCAGUUAAUGAUCCUCUUGCCGAUCCCUCCGCCGUUUCCGUCCUCGUGCGUCAUGACGUCACUCCCCAUCCUACCUACCGACACAAAUCGCAGCCAUUUUACUCCGCAAAUAAACUUCAGCCUCAAAAGAACCGACCGCUCGACAGGAUUCCCCGGACACCGGGGGAUUUCGCCAUGUGAAGAACCGCUCUAAUGGACUCUGGUUUCGAACCAACGCAGUUCGGUUGCAGGGAGGCGUAACACAAAGAGAAGGUGGUGCGACUUCUCUUCCUCCCCGACCCCCUCCCCUCCUAGGACGGGAUGGAGGCCCAGGCUUCACAGGGGCGGCUGGGAGCAGAGGGGGAUUGUGGGACGCCCAAUCUUCUGGUGCCCAGUCCUCAGAGCGAGGCGGUGACCCAGGACAUGGAGGAGCUGACCCUGCAGCCCACGCUGCCCCCGCUCAGCGAGCGCAAAAACGUGUUGCAGUUGAGGCUUCAGCAGCGGCGAACCCGCGAGCAGCUGGUGGAUCAGGGCAUCAUGCCGCCCCUCAAGAGCCCGGCAGCUUUCCACGGGCAGAUCCGCAGCCUGGAGAGAGCCAGGACCGAGAACUUUCUGAAGCACAAGAUCCGCAGUCGUCCAGAGAGAGCGGAGCUGGUCAGGAUGCACAUCCUGCAAGAGACGGGCGCCGAACCCUCGCUUCAGGCCACGCAGAUGAGGCUGAAGAGGGCGAGGCUGGCUGACAACCUGAACGAGAAGAUCGCCCAGCGGCCGGGCCCCAUGGAGCUGGUGGAGAAGAACAUCCUGCCGGUGGACUCCAGCGUCAAACAGGCCAUCAUAGUGGGUCAGGUCAACUACCCCAAGGUCCUGGAUGAGGACAGCUACGACGCCAUGUCACCGGAGCAGCCGGCCAGCCAGGAGUCCCAGGGCUCCGCCCCCUCACCGGGGGAGAGCAAGAUGCCAGAAACGCCGUCUCCUGGACCGGCAUCUUUACCCAUCCCCAUGCUGCAGACGUUUCCCACACCGGACUUCACCAAAACGGUUUCCACCCCCGAACCUGCCAGCCGUCCCCCCGCCCCUCCCGCUCAGCCACCCGCUGCUGCCGCCCCCCCAAAACCACCCCCGACUCUGGUCAAACAGAGCCAGCAGAAAACUGCGUCAGAGAAGAGCCGCAGCAAGAAGAACAAGGAGAAGUCCAAAGUGAAGCGGCUCAAGUACCACCAGUACGUUCCUCCGGACCAGAAGCAGGAGGCCAGCGAGGCUCCCAUGGACUCCUCCUACGCCCGGCUGCUGCAGCAGCAGCAGCUCUUCCUGCAGCUGCAGAUCCUCAGCCAGCAGCAGCAGCAGCACUACAACUACCAGACCAUCCUGCCCGCCCCGCUCAAGACGGUGGCGGAGCAGAGCAGCGGUCCCGGCGGCCUGCCGACCUCCAUCAUGGUGUCUCUGCCAGCUGCACCGCCCCCCCCACCCCCGCCUCUGCCCUCGGCGGCGGCACGCCCAAACAGCCGCAAGCCGGGAGUCUUACCGGCCAACCUGGAGGAGAUGAAGGUCGCAGAGUUAAAGCUGGAGCUGAAGCUGCGCGGCCUCCCGGUGUCGGGAACGAAGACGGACCUCAUCGAAAGGCUGAAGCCGUUCCAGGACACCUUCUGCAGCGCGGCUGCUUCUGCUCCGCCCACCUCUACCCUCUCAUCCAUCCCCAUGGAGGUCACCACCACCACGGCGCCCGCCAUCGUCUUCCCAGCUCAGCCGGCGGCUCUGGAGACCGUAAGCUCCACGCCGCCGGUCUCCCCCACCGACCCCUCCAUGCAGACUGUGGGCGUGUCUGAGGCCCCGCCUGAAAACAAACGAGGGGCGCAGCCUCUGCUGCCUCCCGCAGGCCACGGAGAGAAAGACAGGAGGCUCCACGAGAAAGAGAGGCAGAUCGAGGAGCUGAUGAGGAAGCUGGAGCAGGAGCAGCGGCUGGUGGAGGAGCUGAAGAUGCAGCUGGAGGUGGAGAAGAGGGGGCAGGGGGGCAGCGAGCCCCCCACUCUGGUUUCAGCGUCCCCCAACACCGUCCCUGCCGUCCUCAACUCCGUGAAAAGGGAAGGUUCCCUCCUGGCAAACUGUUCGCCCAACACUGCCCCCAUCCCGAGCCCGGUCCUCAGCUCUCAGCCCCUGGCGGCCCCCCUGGCGGCCCCCCUGGCGCCCCCCCUGGCUUCAGUGGUGAAGCUGGAGGACGUGACGGUUUCCUCCAGCAAGCUGCAGCUCCCCGCCCAAUCGCAGCUCGCCGCAAUGAACACCGGCGUCCAGCGCCGCUCGCCCUCCCAGACGAGCCCCCAGCCCCCGCCCGCCAUCCCCAACCUGCAGCAGUUCUUUAUCAGCCACCACGGGGGGGUCUCCCAGGUCCUGGGCCAGCCCCAGACUCUGCUGACCGCCACAAACCAGGCCGGAACCCAGAUCCUGCUGCCGGUGACGCUGCCCAACAACGCCGCUGCCAUCCAGCUGCCAAACGCCAGCCUGCAGCCCGUCCUGCAGGCCGCCGUCUCCAGCCCGGGUCUGGUCCAGACUCCUCAGCUGCAGACCACCAAGGUGGAGAUGGGCUCCGCCCCUCCGUCUCUGCUGCAGACCCUCACCAUGUGCAGCUCCCCGGCCCGGUCCGAGCUGAGCCCCCAGUGUUUCCUCAGGAGCCCCGCAGACGACCGGGUCUCCCCGCAGGCGUCCCCCAACCACCUGGUGACCAACGGACCCCUUGCCAAGUCUUCACCCCCUCAGCCCCCCACCUUCCUCCUGCAGCCCGCCUCCCUGGUUGCUCCUCCAAAGACUCGGGAGCCCCCGCGCUACGAGGAGGCCAUCAAACAGAGCCGCAACAACCUGCACGUCAACAACGCCUCCCAGGUUUCCGUGGCAACCAGCCAACACAUGGACGACCUGUUUGACAUCCUGAUCGAGAGCGGAGAAAUCAUUCCCUUCAUGCAGCAGGAUCCGCCCGCGCCGCUCAACAAGACCCUCCCCGCCGUCACCGCCAGCGUGACCACCCUCCCCGUCAACACCGUCCUGUCGCGGCCCCCGCCGCAGAUCCAGACGGCGCCCCCUCCCACUCUGAGCUCCCUCAACCCCAGCCUGCCCCCCCUCUCCUCCUUAGCCACGGACAAUCAGCUGGAGGCGUUCCUGGCGGGCACGCCGCCGGCGUCGGACCCGCGCACGCAGGGCCUGAUGGAGGAGCUGCAGGCGCAGCUGAUGGAGCAGCAGCCCUACUCGCCCAUGGACACGUCCGACCUGUCCUUCUGCGACUCGUCCUCGCCCCCCUCCUCGCUCCACAUGGGUCUGUCCGACCCCGCCCUCGACAACAUGGAGUGGCUGGACCUCACCAUGCCUCCCGGGCCCGGCGGGUCGCUCACGCCCCUCGGCAUCCCCGCCGACUUCUUAGAUUCGCACGACCUGCAGCUGCACUGGGACUGACGGGGGCGCCAUCGUCACACCGCCACUGAUCAUCAGCGAAGCCAAGGAGGCGGAGCCUAAAGCAGUAGAUACAUUUGACAGCAGAACUUGUUAGAAGUCGGAGACGGUUCCCCUGAUCUGUGCGGCGCCUUGCCGCUCGGCCGUGGUCGGACUCCUCGCCGGCUUCUCCGUUUGCUGCAUCCGUGUGAGAGCUAUGCACUAAAGAGGCGCCGGUUCUCCUCCAUCACCUCAGAACGCUGGAGAGGGUUCUGGAGAACCUGCAGUUGUCCAAGUAAGUCUCCUAUUUGAAUGUAUUUAAGAAAACAACAAUCCGACUUUUGCUCAAAACUUUGGCAGCUUUUGUUUUUCCUUCUGAUCAGAGGAAAGGGAACAAAUCGAUCCAAGAGCAAAGAUGUGAGCUUUAUUCCCGCACUUUUAUCCCACCGAACAUCCACAAAGAAUUCCCGAGCGUUCGGAGGAGUUAGCAUGUCGUCGUGUGCGUAGUCCGUGUCCCGUCUGUUGCAUGUCUCACGCGUUCCCGUGCAUGAUGGCGUUCAUAUCUAAGGUGAUCAGCAAAAAGCCAGAAUCAGAUCAUCACUCUCCUGUUGUCCAACUCGUGACGUUUCUUCCUGCAAAAACUUCUGAAGACUGUUUGGCUGCUUCCCUCUUCUUGCACAGAACCGACCGUGUAUAGGCGGGUUUGCAUGGACGCUUUAUUUUUGAAGUCCACUUCCUGUUAAGUUCUAUCAAACGUUUGUUCCUUUAAAGACCCACUCUGGUGGAAACGCUGUUUCUAACAGGUUCUGGUGGCAUUUUUCUGACGAUUGUGGCAAAUUACUGUUUCUUUAUUCAUUGUGAAUUAAGAAUAGACGAAAAAACGCAGUUUAAAAACGAUCGUAGAGAAUGUGGAAAUCAGGCCACAAACUCCCUGAUCCACUCCGUGCUGGUCACACCACCGGGGGGGUUCAUCUUCUAUUGUAUACUAGUGCAUGUCGCUGCUUAGAGUUAGAGGAGACUUGGUGUGAAAUAGGGCUGCCACAACGAUUGUUUUAAUAGUUGACCAAUCACCAAUUAUUGAUCCGACUAAUCGACUAUCGUUUACUAUUUCAGUGGUCCACAUAGUCGUGAUUAAUCAACUAUCAAAUUAGUCGUUGACUGUUUCAGACUUUCAAUAGUCGACAUAGUCAUGACUAAUUGGCUAUGUCGACUAUUGAAAUAGUCCUUGACUUUUGAAUUAGUCGUUGACUUUCUCAAUAGUCGACAUCAAAUUAGUCGUCCUAAUAGUCGUCGACUAUUGAAAGAGUCCAUGACUAUUUAGUCAUGGACUCUUUCAAUAGUCUAAUCCGAAUAAUCGACUGUCGAAUUAGUUGUUAAGCACUUUAGUUGUCAACAUAGUCGUGACUAAUUGGCUUUGUCAAUUAUUGAAGUAGUCCUUGACUUUUGAAUUAGCAGUCAAUAUUCUCAAUAGCAGACAUAGUUGUGACUAAUCGACCAACAAAUUAGUCGUCCUAAUAGUCGUCGACUAUUGAAAUAGUUGUUGAUUUUUAAAAUAGUCUGCGACUUUCUAAAUAGCUGACUAUUUCGAUAGUUGGCUACUAUUGGAAUAGGCUAAUUCAACUAUUUUAAUAGUCGAUAAGUAACCCUUUAACUGUCUGCACAACCAAAGGGUGGGAAAUAUUUCGAAAACAUGUUUUUAAAAAUAUUGAUUGUGUGUAUUACUCCCCAAGGUACGGAAGCCCUAAAGGGACAUUGAAGAGAAAAAAUUUUUUUAUUCCAAAAAUUGAAACAAUAAAAAAAUAAUAAUUCUGGUUAGUAAUGGAUGCUCAUCCAUUACGAACAGUUACUAUCUGGUGUGCACCAGUUACUAACCAGGAUUUGUAUUUUUUUUACUACUUUUAUUUUUAAAAAUGCAAGUUCUAGUUACUAACCAGAACUUUUUUUUUUUACUGAGCGCUUAAG